UUUUUUUUUCAGUGAUUUAAUGUACUGCUGUUAAUCCGUUAUUAUUCUUUGACUUCCGUAGUUAAACUAGGAUUGAUAAUUUUGGAUCAAGUGGUUUGUUGGAGUUGAAUGAGCCACAGUGCGUGACUGAUAUGCUUGUUUGGUUUCUGUAGUAGAUAGGAAGCCGAUGCCAUCUUCAACUUUUUUAAGCAUUCUAGGAUCUUAUUGACUAUUAUUAAAAUCAUUAUUAUCUGGGGGAAAAAGAUCAUGAAACUAACAGAAACUUGAUUUCUUGCCAAGUGGUUUAGAGUGGCUCUUGAAACUUGUGGGUUCCAAGAGUCCUAUUUUGUCACUUGUUAGUGAUUCUCUAUGAUAAAUAUUGAUAACCGACUAUUUUGAAAAAAAUAUUAAUUUGUUGGGUUUAUCAUUCUUUAAUAUAUGAGUUAAGAGAGGAGGUCACAAGUUUCCAUAUUCAUGAUGUUUAGUUUAUUGCUUUUCCAGAGAUAGUUGAUUAUUUCUCGGACAAUGAACAACCAAGAUGAAGGACCUGUCACCCAGCCAGAAAAAAGCAGGAUUGCCCCUAUGGCAAUCGUGUUGGUGGUGCUAUGUGGAUUUUCUUUCUAUAUGAGUAUACUCUUUUGUUCUGAGAAGAACAAAUUUCUGUUAAUUUACAGCCAAAAAUCCAUUGAAAACCGCGAGGAGUCAUCAAUAAGACCUCUGCAAAUUAAAUACAUGAGUUUUCCUGAAUGCAGCAUUGACUUUCAAGAUUACACUCCAUGCACAGAUCCAAGGAGAUGGAAGAAGUAUGGCUCCUAUCGGCAGACUCUCUUGGAACGCCAUUGCCCUCCAAAAUUUGAGAGGAAAGAAUGCUUAGUUCCUCCCCCAGACGGAUAUAAGCCUCCAAUUAGAUGGCCAGAGAGCAGAGAUGAAUGUUGGUACAGCAAUGUUCCAAAUGAGUGGAUUAACAAGCAGAAGUCCAAUCAGCAUUGGUUGAAAAAGGAAGGGGAGAAAUUCACCUUUCCUGGUGGGGGUACUAUGUUCCCCAAUGGUGUUGGUAAAUAUGUUGAUUUAAUGCAAGAUCUAAUCCCUGAAAUGAAAGAUGGGACUAUCCGAACUGCCAUUGAUACUGGUUGUGGGGUUGCUAGCUGGGGUGGUGACUUGUUGGAUCGUGGGAUUCUAACUCUUUCUCUUGCACCAAGAGAUAACCAUCGAGCUCAGGUUCAAUUUGCUCUGGAGCGUGGUAUCCCUGCAAUUCUUGGUGUCAUUUCUACACAGAGACUUCCAUUCCCAUCAAACUCCUUUGAUAUGGCUCAUUGCUCCAGAUGCUUAAUCCCAUGGACAGAGUUUGGCGGUAUUUAUCUCCUUGAAAUACACCGGAUUGUUCGUCCUGGAGGAUUUUGGGUCUUGUCUGGUCCACCCAUUAAUUAUAAGCGCAGGUGGCGUGGAUGGAACUCCACUGUUGAAGCACAAAGAUUAGAUUAUGAGAAGUUGCAGGAAUUGCUUACUUCAUUGUGCUUCAAAAUGUACAAGAUAAAGGGUGAUAUUGCUGUAUGGCAGAAGGCUUCAGAUAACAAUUGUUAUAAUAAGCUAGCUAGAGAUACAUAUCCACCUAAAUGUGAUAACAGCCUUGAACCAGAUUCAGCUUGGUAUACUCCUCUUCGUGCCUGUAUUGUGGUUCCAGAUCCUAAGUUUAAAAUAUCAGGUCUGUCAUCCAUUUCUAAGUGGCCUGAACGGUUGCACGUUACACCAGUACGGAUUUCAAUGGUUCAUCGUGGGAGUGCUAGUGCUUUCAAACAUGAUGACAGUAAGUGGAAAAAGCAGACUGCGUAUUACAAAAAGUUGAUUCCUGACCUUGGGACUAACAAGAUACGAAACAUAAUGGACAUGAAUACAGUAUAUGGAGGUUUUGCUGGAGCCUUGAUUGAUGAUCCUGUGUGGGUCAUGAAUGUUGUCUCAUCAUAUGCUGCCAAUACACUUCCUGUGGUUUUUGAUCGAGGCCUAAUUGGAACCCUCCAUGACUGGUGUGAAGCUUUUUCAACAUAUCCUCGAACCUUUGACCUACUUCAUCUUGAUGGACUCUUCACUGCAGAAAGCCACAGGUGUGAAAUGAAGUAUGUGUUGCUGGAAAUGGAUCGAAUCUUACGACCUAGUGGGUAUGCAAUCAUUCGUGAAUCUAGUUAUUUUACGGAUGCUAUCACAACCAUUGCUAAGGGUAUGCGUUGGGAAUGUCGUCAAGAAGAUGCUAAGAAUGAUAGUGACAUUCAGAAGAUAUUAAUAUGCAAGAAAAAGCUAUGGUAUUCAUCCAACCAGAGUUCAAGAUGACAAAUUAUGGAACUUGCACAGUGACAUUUGCUCUUGAUGAAUAAAAAAUUCAUGGAAUAAUAGUCACACUUACUUUUCCACAUCAUGUUUAGGCAUAAUCAUAAGAGAUUCAAGUAUCCUUUUAAUAUAUGUUGAUUAAAAGAUUUAUCAUGUUAAUACUAAUGGGAUUUCCUCUUUAUGAGGAGAAAAAAAGGAGAGAUAAAUAAUAGCAAAUGGAAAGAAAGGUACGAAAGAUUUUUAAGGAACUUAAUGAAAAAGAGAAGGAGAAAAACUCUCCUUAAACUAUGGCCAUAUUUUAUUACACAUGUUGGCUAUAAAAGUUGUGCAUGUUUUCAUUUCUAUUAACAUGUGCAAGAGAAACCAAAAUGUAGAAAGUUUUGAGAGAGAGAUAAUAUCAUUGUUUGUAGGUGAAAGAUAAAUUCUUUCGAGAGAAAAAUCUAAAAAAGAGUUUAACCAAAAAUAUUUUUAAUGGGAUUAUUAUUACAACUUUUGUAAUCUCAUUAAUUUAUAAUAGAAGAUAUUUUUGUUGUAUCAUUGUGAUUAUACAUAGUGUGGGAAAAGUUUGAUCAUGCGAUUAUCAAUUAUCCA